UCUCCAUGGAAACCACAGUCCUCUAAGGCUGUCGCAGCUAAUCCUCGGGAGCUUACUCAAUUCUUACUUCUCGUAAGAGGGCUUUAUGAACAACACCGAUGCCCAAGAAUUCUCCCCAAACAAGCGCCGCGUCUUCUGUUUAUCCGACGGGAAAGCCUUUAUCUCAGGAGGAAAUCAGAUCCUGUUAAAGCAGCAGAGAGGGGAGCACAGCAGGCCUGGUUCAUCUGACAGUGCCAGGACGUGGAGAAACAGCCCUGGUAGCAACAUGCACUUCAGGAACAGCGCUCCACGCCUGCUGCUACUGCUGAUUCACUUAUGCCUGCUCAUGAGAGGACUGGAGGUGAAGGGGCAGGACCAGGGGUACCUGCAGGAGGCCCUCACGGCCUUGGAUUUGCCCCUGGGGAUGAGCAAAGAGGCGACGCUCCAGAAGGACAGGACAAGCGACCUGAUCGGCACGCUGCUGCAGGCAGUGCACUGCGCCGAGCAGACCGGUACGUCGCAGGACACGUGUGAGAAGUGCCUGACAUCAGACAUUGUCCUCUCUGUGCUUGAGGACAAUGGGAAGACUUACUUAACAGAAGAGGACUAUCUGCGGAUGUCAACCGUUUUGCUGUACUAUAUAAUCAAUCUGCAAGACCUGUGUGUGUCGAACGUUGCUCCCCGUCCCUCCUCAUCCUCCCCGUCUGGGAACUUCCAGUUUUAUGUGUUGGCCCUCACCAACCUACAUCCAGCUGAGGACAACCGCUUCCUGUCCUCCAGUGAGACAGAGAGUAUUCUGCAGCUUAUCAACCAGCACUACGACCCCUCCAGCGGGAAGACGGCAUCGGAUUUGCAAUGUAUCGAUGCAGCUCAUCUACUAGAAAGUGUUGACGUUACGGGGAGUUCGGGCGCCGGUGAGUCCGCGGUGCCCAAAGUGGCAGCGGCGGUCAUCAGCCACGUGCUGCGGGGCCAUUGCUUCCGGCGCAGCAACCUCCCAUCGCCGACCUUCUUCACGGACUACAUCUUUCGGUCUUUAAAUCGAACGAGUAACCUACAGAUUAUUGACUUGGAGGAGCUGCUGCAUCAGCUGGGAGUAGGAAGAGAAGUGAAAACACACUCCCACAGGAAGAGGCGGAGCAUCACAAGCAAUUCAAAGAAGCUGGCUGUGCACGCAUUGGAUAACUGCAACCAUGAUUCUGAGGGAAAAAGCAGAGACUGGGCACAGGUGUGUUUUUCAGCCAAUCAGUUGGUGGAUAUUUUUGCUCUGGAUCCUCAUUUGCCAAUUUCCAAGGAGCACUUCAGACAUAUUUGCCCAGCCAUCAUUCAGCAGUUGCUAGGCAAUGCCUGUGAAUCUGCAGAGCAGAAAACAAGAGGAUCUCUACCCACUGCUGUGGAGAAGUAUGGCUACAGCACAGCUGCUGUGCUGCUCAUCACAGUGGGCUCUAUGUUCGGUAUCUGCUUGAUCUUCUUCAACUCCUGUCAGGAAACCUACUCCCUCAUCCUGCAGCUGUUUGUGGGCCUGGCGGUGGGAACGCUCUCCGGAGACGCUCUCCUGCACCUCAUACCUCAGAUCCUUGGCCUCCAUGAUUCCACUCAUAGUCAUGACAUUGGUGAUGAGCUUGAGGAGAAGGAGUACCUCUGGAAGAUUCUGGGCAUCAUAGCUGGAAUCUAUGGCUUUUUCCUCAUUGAAAGAAUAUUUUCCUUUUUGAUUCCUUCCCACAGCCACGGUCACUCCAGUGACCUGUCCUUAGAGCUCAGCUGCAACGGCCAUUCACAGAGGGGCAAAUCAAUCUCCACCAUACAGCUGGGACCAGUGGAUGACUUGGAGUGUACGGAGAUAUCUCCAGAACAUACAGGCGUACAGAGGCCUUCACAGCAGAGGCAAGGGGUUCCUCUGCUGGCUGUGAUGGUAAUCGUUGGAGACAGUCUUCAUAAUUUUGCAGAUGGCCUGGUCGUCGGGGCCGCCUUCUCCUCGUCGGUGGAGACCGGCAUGGCGACCACCGUGGCCAUCCUGUGCCAUGAGAUCCCUCACGAGAUGGGAGACUUUGCAGUACUGCUCAGCUCAGGACUCUCGGUGAAGACCGCCGUGCUCAUGAACUUUCUCAGCGCGCUGACGGCCUUCAUGGGCCUUUACAUCGGACUCUUUGUCUCCUCUGAGAUAGAAGUCCAGCAGUGGAUAUUCUCGGUCACUGCAGGCAUCUUUCUCUACUUGUCACUUGUAGAAAUGCUUCCAGAGAUGAGCCGAGUGAAGACCGACCGACCGUGUCUCAUGUUUCUCCUCCAGAACCUGGGCCUCCUGUUGGGUUGGGCCUGUCUUUUGUUGCUCGCACUCUUUGAACAUGAACUCAAAUUCUAAGCAAAG